UGAGAAGCACUUCCUAUUAUAUUAAGAGGAUAAAAACUAUAUUAUUAUGAAGCAAAUGAUUUAUGAGAUGCACGAAUCGAAAAUAGGAUUUAAAAAUGAAUUUAUGCUAAGAGAAAUACGGAAUGGUACAAGAAAGAAUCGAGAUAAAAACGAGUUGUGAGUGGAGCAAGGCCUAUAAUAAGAGAAUGGUUAAUGUGAUUACUAAAUAAUGUUAGAGAACGAGUCGAAACAAAUCGAAGCGUUAGAGUAUUGAUUGUGUUUAGAAUUACCAUCUACAUUAAACUUUUAACCUACUUUACAAAGUGUUCAUACAUAUCCGAUGUGGCAGACUCCGCAACGUGACACGUGGCCGGACACCAUUGACAUUUCAUACAAGAUACAACUAAUCUCACCGAACGAAACAGGAAACCUGAAGUGGGAAGACAAAUUGGUCAGACUUCUCUGAAGCUUCCUUCCCCCACCCAUUUGCUUGUCGAAAUUUCCGUUUCUCCAUCGUUGAAUUUCAAAGCACGUAUAUAACUUAGCUCUCUCCUCCCUUCCUCAUCCAUUGUACUGCCCAAUCUCAAGCUCACACCAGCCCCAACCUCCCGCCGCCAAAUGGAAACAGAGCGUCUCCGCCCAGCUGCCGCCGCCGGCAGCUACCAAGACGAAGAGAACAACUCAGCCUUCUCCGGCUGCAACUGCUUCGGCUCCUUAUUCUCGAGAUGGGGAAGCAAAACCGCCAGCAACGAAAGCAACGGCUACCUUCUGAUGCAAAACAGGGGAGGAGUGAAAACAGGGGAAGGUGAAAACCAGCAGCAGAAAACAGAGCCGCCGCCGUCUUCGUGGGUCAUGAGCCAGGUGAAAAAAUUGAAGGAGGUUUCGGAGAUGGUUGCGGGGCCUAAGUGGAAGAACUUCAUUAGAAAAAAACAGAGGAGGAAUCAGAAGUUCAAUUACAAUGCAGAGAGCUACGCCCUCAACUUCGAUUGCGGGUUGGAGGAGGAGGAGUACGAUUACGUUCCUGGGUUUUCACAGAGGUUCGCCGCCGCCGCCGCCGCGGUUCCGGUGGAUAACAGGAAUCGUGAAGCUUUUGGGUUGUGACAUGGAUCAGGGGAUGCUCUGUUAAUGAAAUUAUUCAUUCUUGUUCUUUGUUAAAUUCAUUGUCCUGUUGAUGAUUCAAUAGUCUGAAUGAAUGAAACUCAGAACUUAAUUUGAUGGUCUGAUAUUUGUACCGUCACUUAUGAGGCUAAUUAGGAGAUUAGUUUGAAUGAAGCGCAAGGAAAAACAGAGCAAAUUGUUGCAUAGGUCUGUCAUCUGUGGCCAUGGAUGACCAAAAAAAGGAAAAGAGUGUCGGCAAUGAUCUCUCUGGAGGAACCAGCUGGUCCCAUAAGCAAAGCAAGAACAAUGUUAUGAUUAGUUUGAAGUUAAUUUGUUUGGUUAGGAUCUAAAAAAGUUGGUGAUAAUGACGAUUAACAUGAAGGAUAAUUGCACAACAUAAUCAUUAUAGUUUUACUAAUGAUUUCAUAUCGGCUUCUUUAUCUAAGAUUGUAUGUCCGAGAAACUAUUUCAAUCUCAAUCUCAUUCCACUAAAUGGGCUGGGGAACAUGAGUUAAUGGAGAUGAAGGAAGCAAGGCAGUCUUUUCCUAUUAGCUAAGUCCCUGUUUUCAGCCCAGACAGAGAGUUAUGAGGAAAAGGAUCCGUGUUUUUCCUUCUUCUUCUGCUGCCGCCCUUUCUUUAAUCCUCUGUCGGAAAGGAUCGUUAAUGCCAAAACAACACACAGCAGAAAAACGUACGACUUGUUCUUCGAAAAGGGCCACACCAUUAUGCUGUCAACCACGAAGCUCUUUUGUCCUCCAGGAAAAAAGGUUCCUUCAGCCUUCAAACAUGGUGAAUUUAAUUAGCAUAUACUUGUGCCCAUUCAGAAGGCGAUGAGAAGAUCUUGGUGAGUAUUACUAGGAACUUGAAAAGAAAACAAAGACCUGAUACUUGAUGUUCUUAUAUAUGGACCUACUUUAGAUUAUUUUUGGUGAGUUAGACACAUUGAUGGGGAUGAUUUAAUAAAGGUUUACGAAGCUG